GGGUGAGUCAAAUCCUUUGUUCGUAGCGCCCUGACGUUGAAACUUAGUUCCAUGCGAUCGUCCUACGAUGACGUGAAGUUCGCUCAGGAAGCAACUGUCAUGCCGGAUGCCCCCUUGGCCUUCAUUUGCUCCUGUUCGACGCACAAUUCGAACAACUCGCGCCAGUGCAAGCUGCACAAGGCGGCACAGCAGCAAUGACCCCCGAAGUUCUCGCUCCAGACCACGAGACGCAAGAGGGCAACAACGACGCAGAUGUCUCCCCAUUGUUGCGCGCUGCACCCGGUUUCAAUGAAUGCAUGCGGCUCUACGAAGAGCACGCAGAAGAAGCUGUAGGAAUGCAGCAUGUUAGUGUCUCUCCGAUGCUACUUCCAUGGGUGUCCAUGGGGUCCUCAGGCUCGCCCAGCAAUGCUGGUGAAUCAGCAGGGCCUUCAAACCUCGAAUCAACGACAUCGCCGUUAGUACCGUCGCAUGAACUUCCUCCGCCUAGUGCGGAGCUGCCCCAAACACGUCGCGUCUCACGGCGACCCAUCCGAGUCCCAGCUCUGUCCGCCUCGUUGACUACUCGUCUUAGAACGGCCGCUUCUAUGCCCGGUGUCUCUGCCACGAGCACUUCAUGUUUUCUGGAGUAUCUAGGGUACGACAACCCGUUGGCGUGCCUUCCGAAGUGUUUCCCACCAGGUGCAAUUAAUCUUGGAGGAAGGCUUUGCCAUCAUCCUCCACCUACGCUCCAAUGCCGAGUUGACCAUCGGAUACGAGCGCUAUUCCGCCUCCCGCUCGCCUCCGGCGGUAGUCCACAAAUCCUCAGAUGAGAAAAACGCCUUGUGUCCAGCGACAAGUCACUGCAGUAACGACUCGUCAGCUGGAUGACUUGACGCUCCUGCCGGACAUUCACGGCGUCAUCCUGGACACCGAUGAUACGAGGAAGCGACCGAUUCACGGCUGCCCUUCCAAAUCUGACUCGGAAGCCAUUGCCAAGGCGCAAGCAGUGAUGUAGGCGCAUGCCUUUGGACCAGGUACGUCAC